UUGGGUCAGAAACAAAACCUGGUGAGGGGAGGAGACGUGAGCAGGGCAGACAAACAAAACUGUAAGCAAUUCAUGGACUUUCCCCCAUAAAUCAAUAUUCCAGACCUCAUCUCCCUUGUGAGCCAUGGAGCUGAAAAGACAGAUUAGGCCGAAGGAGGAGGGCUAUGGGAUGUCCUGUAAAGAAAGGGAUUCUCAUUGGCGGCUCGGGAAAAGAUUGCUUGGAAUUUGAGGCAAACCCGUGGAGAGGACAAAAAGAAGAAUCCUACAAGCAGCAGUCUUCCCAGUUUUACUCCUGUCUAUCGUGUGGACUCUGCAUCUAUUAACUGAGUGUCUUCUUUAAUAGGAGCGAAAUGAUGUCCUCCAAGUUGAAGUGGCUGAUCGUGGUACAGCUCCUGCUAAAUGAACAAGCUCUGUGCACGGUGCACCCUUCUAGUUGUUCACCAGCGAAUGGAAUCCUUGGAGCAGGAGAGACAGCCAAACCAUAUCCUCAAACGCAGCCACAGUUUGGUCUCCCAAUUGCAGAAAAGCCUGAUCCCGAAUCAACGCUUACACAUGCAGAGAAGAGCCUAAAUUCAGCCAAACGCAUAGUAUCCGUCCUCAAGGCAAAGCUACAAGGGAAGAUUCCAGAUGUCCAUAAUGAGAGGAAUAUUAGCUGUGGGGAACUACUUUCAGCCAGUGCUCUGGAUGACCCUUUAUCCUCCAGGUUCCCUCAGGAGCUUCUAGGUCUGGCUUUGGUGCCAGUGCUGGUGGUGGCAAGCUGCCCACGGGAGGCGCACACCCUGGUGGUCAAGCUGUAUGGUCUCCUGGGGAUGGCUGAUACCAACGAACUCCUUCUGGAAGUGGAAGGGCUGAUCCAGAGGAGGACGAAGUUGCCAUCUGAACCUACAAAACUCACUUGGGAGAGCGAUGAAGCAGGGCGCCACCUAGAAGCUGUCAUUUUCAACAUUCAGCAGCUGGCCACGGUGGGAAAGAGUUUGGGACGAGCUAAGAAGAGGCAAAACUGCGACGGUUGGACCCGGGUUAAUGGAACCAUGCUGCUUGGAGAAGUUGUCCAGGAUGCCAACAGUGGGCUGGAGGAGGCUAUGGACACCUGUGAGAGGAUGGGGGUCACGUGUGCUGGGGUCACAAGCGGUGGACUUCCUGGACGCUAUCAGGUGGUGUUCAAGAAAGGCAGUCACAUCCUACCCUCUCAAGCUACUGACAGUUGGAUCUACCAGUGUAGUGCAGAGCUCUCAGGCACCGAUGUCUCCGCUCGACGGCUGCGACGCGAUCUCCAGAGGAGAUGCAUUAACCAAAAGGAGGAGCGUGUAUACAAAGUGGUGGAGUGGAUCCCCGCAGUCAGCACCCUCUACAACUUGGGCACAGCGGUGUAUUACGCAUCGGUCAACUGCUCCGAAACAGCAAAAGAAAGAGCCGUACUCACUGCCGUGGACCUCGGCACAGAUGCCCUCAUGGCCGCCACAGGUGGCGCCGCUGGCGUGGCCGGUUAUGCUAUCGGGGCCGGUCUCAAAACAGGCGUCAAGGCUGGGGUCAAGUACCUACUUGGCUCCUUGAAGCAUGAAGAUGUGUUGGUCAACCAGUCCAGCUGGGAAGAGGGUGUCUUCACUGUACAGUGAACAAAACAAGCCAGGAAGGACAACCAUCCUCACUCUGUCUUCAUUAUUACAUUCUCUUUUCAUAUAGUCUUAACCUGCUUCCUACCUCUACAAUGUUUUAGUACUCUUAGAGGACAUUUCACUAUGAUCUUGCAUGUACUUCCAGAUGACAAAGACUAGCUAACCCUUCUCCGAUGGCAGCACUAUAGUAAACAAGCCCUUCCAUUUCAUUUGACCAAUGCAAAGGGAUUGAGAAAACUAGGUAAAUGGUGAUUUUAGCCUUCUCCACCACCGUAGUUUCAAUGUGUGACAUUGUCGGGGGGAAAAAAUUCCAGGUAAAUUGCUUGGAACGACAACGGAAUUUACAUUUCAACAGGUAAGUUAAUUCAAAAAUAGACGUGGUGGAAAUCAAGACAUAGUUAACAUGAUCAUUGAGGGACUGUCUAUUCUUUCAUCCAACUAUUUUCUGUACACCUUAACCUCACUAUAGGUCACAGGUGAGCUGGAGCCUAUCUCAGCGGACUUUGGGCUAAGAGCGGGGUACCUUUUCAUGCAAAACUGGUCGCCAGCCGUGGCUACUACUUCUUGAAAUUGUCUCUGUACAACUACCUACGACAUCCAUUCAAUUUAUCCUCCUCACCCAUAGGUUCUGCUGGGUCAUUUAGAUUUUCUUUUUUUUUUUAAUAGAAAAAAAAAAAACUUUUUGGGUGGGGUACAUCUGGCGCCGCAAACGCCAAGCACUAAGUUUUUGUCAUCGUUUCAGUUCAGGUCAGCCGUAGUUGAUGACUUCUCUGCCAUCCGGAAGUAUCCUAGUGCCGAUUGUGAAAUGGUGUAUAUGAUGCAUUAUUGGUCAAUCAACAGAAUCCAUCCAUCCAUUUUCUGUACCGCUUAUCCUCACUCGGGUCGCGGGCAUCCUGGAGCCUAUCCCUGCUAUCUUCUGUUCGACAUUUAACAGAAAACCUUUGCUAAUUGAAGUUCCUUCUGUACAAAUUUUGCAAGAUAGUUGCUCAUGCAUAGCAGCUCAAUUGGGGAAAUGCUAGUCUUCUUCAAUUGUGACUACUUUUGGGAGAGCCUUGAGCAAAACUAGACGGCCUAGUUUCCCCCCCAAACUCGAGAUGGUGCACUGUUAAAAUGUGACUUAUUUAGAUUAGCAUUUUUUUUUUAAAUAUUCAACAUUCAUUUAUUUAUAAAUGUUAGGGGCAAAUUUUAUUCAUUAACUGAUAUAAGUUUUAAUGUCUUUCUCCUUUGAAAUAAAAAAAUAAUAUCCUUGAUUUGGCGGCACGGUGGCCGACUGGUUAGAGCGUCAGCCUCACAGUUCUGAGGACCCGGGUUCAAUCCCCGGCCCCAACUGUGUGGAGUUUGCAUGUUCUCCCCGUGCCUGCGUGGGUUUUCUCCGGGCACUCCGGUUUCCUCCCACAUCCCAAAAACAUGCAUAAAUUGGAGACUCUAAAUUGCCCGUAGGUGUGACUGGUUGUCUGUUUGUAUGUGCCCUGUGAUUGGCUGGCAACCAGUUCAGGGUGUACCCCGCCUCCUGCCCGAUGACAGCUGGGAUAGGCUCCAGCACGCCCGCGACCCUAGUGAGGAUAAGCGGCUCAGAAAAUGGAUGGAUGGAUAUCCUUGAUUUAAAAAAAAAAAAAAAAAACAGAAGCUUUUAUCCAGUGAUGAUGUUUUUGCCUUUUUUUCCCCAUCACAACUUACGGUCACGAGCAAAUUCCAACAAUCCACCGACAGUAAGCAAUUUUGCGUUAAAUGUUUUUCUUCGCGUAAUAAAGUCUACAUCAAACCGGAACGUAUUGUGCCUAUUAGGUUACUUUUCUGACAAAUGGAAGGACUUCAUUUCAGUUAUCCUACUUUUUUUUCAAUAAAACUAUAUAAACUUUAAUAGAGCAAAUACUACAACAAUAAACACUGUAAAAUGGAUACCCAAUGAUGGUGAAUAUUAUGUUCAAAAUGCAGAAUUUUACCAUGGGGUUGGAGGAUUGGCUCAUAGUAGAUUACUGUAUAGGGUCUCCUCUUGAUGUGGCCAUUGAGCUUAAGGGUCACAUUUGAUUUUUAAAUCACACAGAUGGGCGAUGUCAUUGGUCAAUGAGGUAAAAUGUUUUUAAAAAUGUCAGUCUAUUGCUAUUUUAUUAAUAAAAUAAUUGAUUCAAA